AUGUGCUCAGCAAUAAGAGGAAAGUCAGAUUUCAGAUUUUGUCCAGAGUGCCUGGUGGGCUUCUGCUGUGAGCAGAAGCUGGUUCCAUUUAGUAGUGCUAGUCCAAUCAGAAACCUCAGGAAAGAGACUGAUCUUGGCUUAAAAAUCAGCAAAGCCAAUUACUCAGGUCAAAGAAGGUUCACCUUGCCUCCCACUUCUGUUCUGCUGGGAGAGGGGCCCACCAUCCCGCAGUAUCAGACCUGCAAGAAGUUCAGUCUCCAAGCCAAGAAACUCUACCUUGCCAACCUUAUGAAAGCAAGUGUGGUUCUCAAAUAUAGGCAUUCUAUAGGUAUUAAAGUAACAGAUGGUUUAGUUUGCUUGGUGUAUAGACCAGACAAGGUUCAAGAUGUAAAGAAGAUUGAGAAAUUCCAUGGUCAACUGAUGCAACUUUUGGUAGCCAAGAAAUCCUACAGUGUUACUAUGGAAACAGACCAUCUGGAUUUGAAAUGA